GUUCUUUUUGGCCCUAAAAAUUGGCCCCUAGAAAGAAAACAUAAAAGAAGGAUAAUUUUAACCAAUUUGCACUUGAAAAAAAAUCAUUAAAAAGGAGGAUCUGAAUAUUUUUUUUAAAAAAAGCAUAUUUUUAUAUGUUUUCACUAAAAUAUAGCGUGAAAGUCACGCGUCGGGGUUUAAUAAGUAUCUUCUGGUUCGAGGCAGGACUCAAAAAAAGCAGUAAAACCCUAUUUGUAUAUCGAAAUUACUCGAAAUUUCAGAAGCAAAAAAUGGGAGUGGAGAAGCAAUUGUUGAGAGCAGGAACUGGACCCAAACCGGCUCCUGGUCAGACGGUUACUGUUCACUGCACUGGUUUUGGAAAGAAUGGUGAUCUGUCUAAGAAAUUCUGGAGCACCAAGGAUCCUGGGCAGCAGCCAUUCUCUUUUCAGAUUGGACAGGGGAAAGUUAUCAAAGGAUGGGACGAAGGUGUGCUUGGAAUGCAAGUAGGAGAAGUUGCUCGCCUACGGGUAUAGUGAAAGUUCUUUACUCAUUAAUUAUUUGCAAAUUUAGUAUAAUCUGGAUGGCCCUGAAAAAAGGUGAAUGUCUAGUAAAGAUUGUCAUGGUCUAAGAGACAACAAAAGAAGUUGUAACAAGAUAGAUCCCUCUAAAGAAAGCUUGGGUGAAGGAAAUUGGGAUUGAAGUAAGCAGGACAAUUGAAUAUCGGGAACAUGUAUAACUUGCUAAAGCAGCUGGUUAACAAAAUAUUGGCUCCUAUGAACAUAUCAUAAUCCACCCCUACGGUUCUCACUUUAUUCGACAUUAACUUUGAUUACUGUUUUUAACUUGUUGAUCGGUAACGAUUCCAGUUAUUUAAGGCUGUAUUUAUUUAUAACUUGUUGUGAAUAUACCACCAGAGUUUCUCAUACAUUAAAUAAUUCAAUUUUUGCAGUGCUCUCCUGAUUACGCCUAUGGACCUGGUGGAUUUCCUGCAUGGGGUAUCCAGCCUAACUCUGUGUUGGAGUUCGAGAUUGAAGUGUUGCAAACCCAGUAGGCUAUAGCUUCUGGUUUUAUGUGUGUUUGUGUUGUGAUGUAAUAAGUGGCUUAUGGUAAACAGUUGAUGUGUUACUGCCAUUUUGAAACAUCAUUACAAUAAAACUGGUUAAGAUCCUUGAAACUUGUUUCUCAUCAAUAUUGUCUUACUUUCUAUUUCCUUCUUUUUGAUAUUUGUUCCUGUUUAGUAGUGGGUUUUUAUUUCAAUAUCUCAGUGACUUCUUCUUGAUUCAUCAUGUCUACACUCCAGCACUAAGUAGUUCUGAUAAUUUUCUUGAAAAAAAAGAAGAUAAUUUGAUGGGUACAACAGAGACGGAUGAAGUAAUUUAAAUUCCACCACCACAGAGACAGAAAGUUCAAGGUACAACAUCAGAUGAGCAAUGUAAAAAGCCCUUUCCCAAAAAAUGUAGAAAAAACACAUCUAGUUCCUCAGAUAAACAACGUACAGAAAAAGAAUCGGUUCAACUUAGUAUAAAAAUAGCUUAGAUGGGGGAAAAACCUUUGAAAUACUUUCAAGAAAAAAUGAAAGAGUGAGUGAAAUAUAUCAUGUGUCAUUGACUCCUAAAGUUUGUCUCAAGAAAUAGAAUUUCUCCACCUUCGAGGUGCCCGUUUGGGUUGUUCUGUAUUCGGGAUCUGUGAUACUUCAUCAUGGUUUUCCAAAGUUGUCAUCUUGGUAAGCUUGCCUAGUUUCUUCCAUCCUGAAGUCCAUGCUGAUGUUUGCUUCGGCUUCAUCAUCUUAUCAAAUUGCCUCUGUAGAGUUUCCAUUUCGUUCUGGAGCUCGACAUACUUGGUCUUGACAGUUUCAAGCUCAAAUUUGAGUGUGUUGAUGUCCUUCUUGGCUGUUGCCCAUCCUUCUUGAAAUGACUGCGGCGUCCCUUCAAGCAAUGUCUUACGGCUUGUCACCAUGGGCUGGUAGAGGGAAUCUCCAGCAUCUUUGAGGGUGUUGUUGGCUAUGGCGUUGCUUAUUUUUACCUGUUCAGAGAAGAGCACCUGCACUACAACUCUGAGAGGGAGUCGCUCAUUUUGAGCAGCGUGCAUGCAUGCAUCGAUUGAGAGCUUCUGACAAUCCAUCACACGACAAAGCCUCUUCCUUUCAUGCUCUGAAAGUGUUGGAUGAGCCUACAAAAUGCAUGUCAUUGUAUCCAAAGUUAAAGCGAAUAUAACAAAAAUGCACUGGCACGUUUCAGUAUAUGAUUACUUAAGGAUGGAAAAUUUUCAACGUCACCUCCAAGUUUUUUUGUUUCCUGUUUCUUCUGUAUUCAUGAUUAUCUUUGAUUUCUUGAACUUAGGUGAUACAAAUAUACUGCUGUGAAGCUUGUUUUGACAAGGUAUACACAUGUACAUCAUUCAUUAACCUUAAUAAUAUGGUCAUCUGACUUCAGCAUUGUCAUUGUUUGAAAAAAAUGAGGAUGACUAGUAACCAAAUGCAAGCAGACAAGGUGGAUUUGAAGAACAGAUGUGAAGAGGUAACCAUUUUGAAAGCUUUAGAUUAGAUUCCAAUUACCUUGAGAUAGGAAUCAAUUGCUCGAUAUAAGCCAUCGUCGCAGGUUCUAGCUGAAUCAGGUAGCGCCUCUGCAAGGACUUGAAAUUUGGUUAGUGAGAGAUUUCUGUCUCUGGCCACCUCCGUUAAAUAGCUGUCUACUAGCCUUGCCACUCUCAUCUUAGCAUUUGGGUUUGCCCCUCUUUGGGAUACAUCUGGAAAUGAUUGUCUACUAGGACUUGAACUUUCUGUCUGUUCUUGGACUAGGAAAUGCUCCAGUAAUCUCUGAACAAGAUCGACAUCGUACAUUGUGUCAGUCUUGUUGUAGGAAGGAAUGAGAAGAUCUGCCAAUGUUGCCUGUUCAAACUGCAUUCCAACUCUUUUUUCCAAUUCAGUAACCAGGGCAGCAGCUACUUUCAACAAGUUUGCCAUUCUCAAAAGCCGAAGAAGGAAGCUACAAGAAACGCUGUCCUUCUGGGGAGGAAUUAUACUGAUGAGGCUCUCAACAAUCAUUCUUUGAUCUUUGGCCUGCACAUUUGGUACAUCUUCUUUUGUACCUGCCACAAUCAUAUGAAGCCCUCCUUUCCAAUUGCUGUUCAUGCUCAUAUCAUGACCGCUGUAUGUGCUUGCAUCAUCAGCUGCUGCUGCUGAUCCUUCCUUUAUUAAUCCCGGGAGCCAUUUAGCUGCAUAAUGCAUUAUUGCUGCUCCAAUCAGUUCAUACCUCAUCCCUUUCACUUUAAUUGCAGUAAUCACGCGCACAAAGUGAUCGAUCCUGAGAAUGGACACGUCUUCAAACCACCAAUCUGGGGGAACUUGCUGGUUCCUGCUUGGGCUGGAAUCCUUAAUCUCAUUCCAACUUGGACUAGAAACUUUAGGUGGCCUCCCAGUAUACUGCCAUCUUAUUCCUUUUGGGUUGGCGCAAGCUUUCCACGCUAUAGACUCGCUACACCUCCUCACGAUUUGGAGGUUUUCUGCCCAUGGAGACAGCUUCUCACUACUCUUGAGCACUAAUAUGGAGUCCCUCCAUGAUGAUAAAACAACAUAACUGAGAAAAGCCUCUGUCUUGAAUAUAAGAUUGCCUUCUUCUAAAUCCUCAGUCAUUUCUAGGUACUCAGCUGCACAUCUAAGGCCAGAGAUAUUGGUUGCUGUCAGAUCAACAGCAAUCCCAUAGCAGAAUUUGGCUGCAAGCUCAAAAGCCUCUGGUCCACCAGGAAGAUCAUCCAAAACUACCUUCUUCAGGUCUUCCCUUGUGUCAUAUAUGAUUCUAUUCAGUUUCCCACUUCUAGAAAGCAGAGGGUACU